AUGGCAAGAUAUUCUGCAAUGGAGAUCUUAUUAAGAUUUACUAUUGCAGUUAUCCAGCCUUGCCAUGAAAAUUCAGCUCUGCAACAUCAAGCAAAGGCUGAUGCUGCCAAAAGCAGAAAAAGACAUAGAAAUCGCUCUAAUCUUGCUGCUACUAUUACUCCUCGCAGGCCAAAAUGUAGCCAUCCUAUCCGUAACAGAGCCCGCGUACCAGGGGCAAAUGGUAAUAGUGCCAGGACAUAUCUUUCAAGAAUUGAUCAUAUUCCCGAUGCACCUUUACUCGUUCCUGAUGCUCCUGACUGUCAAUAUUGUGGGGCUAAGAGGUUCAAUUUAGAAUCUCCUACUUUUUAUUGUUCCAAAGGGGAAAUCUCUAUUGUCGCUCCUCGCAUGCCUUAUGCUCUCAUACGUCUUUUCAUAGGAAAUGAUGAAGAAAGCAAGCAUUUUAGAAAAUUAGCUUGCACCUAUAAUAAUAACUUGGCUUUCACAGCUUUUGUUGCAAAAUAUGAUUCCGAAUUAACAAAGAAUACGAAGGGUGUUUAUACUUUUCGUGUUCAAGGUCAAGUUUAUCAAUUUCUGAAUGGCUUAUCACAAUCAGGUGAUAGGUCUUCUGGAAUUCAGCUAUAUAUUUUUGAUACUGAUGAGGAGCUCAAAAGAAGAGUAGCUAGCUGUGACAAGUUGCGCGAGAGCACUUUAAGGUUAUUGAUGGAUAUUCUUUCUGAGAAUCCUUAUGCUAGAUUUUUCAAAGAUCUCAGAUAUGUGCCAAAUAUUAACAACUUCAACAUUGCUCUUAGCUGCUAUCCAAGUCUAGACCAGCGUGUAUAUAAUCUCCAUUCUACUUCCCAAGUUGCUGCAAUAUGGAUUGAAAGUGAUGAUGAGUCUCUUGAUAAACAAGCACGUAUUCUGACACUUAGAUUAUUAAAGCAAUUUUCUAUUGAUGGGUAUGUAAAAAUUGAAACUUCUAGGUUGGAUUUUCAACGAAAAAGACAGAACGAUAUUCGUACUGAAAUUCUUGAGGAAGUGUUGGAUAGUCUUUCAGUAGGCCAGACUGAAGGUUCAAAGGUUGGUCGUAAAGUAAUAUUACCAGCUUCAUUCAUAGGCGGACCACAAGAUAUAAGGCAUCAAUAUCUUGAUGCCAUGGCCUUGGUUCAAAAGUAUGGAAAACCUUAUAUUUUUCUUACGAUGACAUGUAAUCCGAUGUGGAAAGAAAUUCAAGACAAUCUGCAAUUUACAGAAAAACCUCAAGAUAGACCAGGUCUUUUAUCUAGAGUUUUCAGAGCAAAAUUUGAAAUGCUUAAAUCUGAACUUUUAGAUAAGAAAAUCUUUGGAGAAGUAGCUGCAUGUGUUUAUGUUAUUGAAUUCCAAAAAGGAGGAUUUCCUCAUGCCCAUUUGUUAUUAAUUUUGAAACCACAAUUCAAGUUGUUGAAUCCUCAAUCUUAUGAUAGGAUAGUAUCUGCCGAGCUGCCUAAUCCUCAUCAAUAUCCUCAUCUAUACUUUCUUGUUCUUAAACACAUGAUCCAUGGUCCAUGCGGAGUUAUGGACCAAACUAGCCCAUGUAUGAGGAAUGGUUCAUGCAAGAAUCAUUAUCCAAAAAAUUUUUGCGAACAAACAGUCCAUGUUGAAGACAGUUAUCCAUGUUAUAGGAUGAGAGAUAAUGGUAAAAAGAUAAAGGUACGUAGAUACCAACUUGACAAUAGAUGGGUUAUUCCAUAUUGUCCUUAUCUAUUGGCCCUUUUUGAUUGCCACAUGAAUGUAGAAGUUUGUUCUACUUUGAAGCUAGUGAAAUAUUUAUACAAAUAUGUCUUCAAAGGGCAUGAUCUUGUUAGUUUUAAGAUUGUUACUAGAGAAAGCUCUGAUGAUGUCGAUGAAAUAAAAGAAUUCCAGCAGGGAAGAUGGAUUUCACCCCAUGAAGCAUUUUGGCGAAUCUAUGAAUUUCGACUAAAUGAGCAGUUUAUUCUCUUCAAGUUCAUCUUCCUGGUUAUUGGAAGACUAGUAACUGUUACUCCUAAGGAAGGAGAAAAAUAUUAUCUUAGACUGUUGCUAAAUCAUGUCCGAGCACCUACGUCAUUUGAUGACCUUUUAACUGUUAAUGGUCAGAAAAUGAAUUGCUUCAGAGAAGCUGCUUUGAACCUUGGUCUAUUAGAGUCUGAUACAUAUAUAGAAGAUACGCUUGAAGAAGCAGCAGUUUUUCAAACGCCAUCAUCAUUGAGAUUGUUAUUUGCUACUGUUCUUGUUCAUUGUUCACCCACCGAUCCUAAAUUACUCUGGGACAAAUUUGAACAACGGCUAUGUAGUGAUUAUCAAAGAUCACAAGAACUUUAUCACUAUUCUUGUGCUGAAAUCAGAAAUAAAGUCUUGAAAGAUAUCAGCAGAUUCCUUGAGCAGAUGGGUAAAAAUAUUGAUGAUUACCAUUUAGUUCUAGAUACUUUUAGAGGUGCAUAUCAUGAACAGUUAACAAAAGAAAUUGACAGUGAAAGGAAUAUUGAAGUAUUACCAGAAGAUCUGCUUUUACCUUUUAAAUUGAAUGCUCAGCAACGGCAUGCUUAUGAUUUAAUUCUACAUGCAAUUUCUUCUUCUGUUGGCCAAAGUUUCUUUAUCGAUGGUCUGGGUGGAACUGGUAAAACCUUUCUCUAUAGGUCACUUUUAGCUACUUUAAGAUCUCAAGGACAUGUUGCUAUUGCAGUCGCAACAUCCAGUGUCGCAGCAUCUGUUCUUCCAGGCGGAAGAACAGCACAUUCUAGAUUUAAAAUACCAUUGGAUUUAUCAACAAAUAAAACUUGCCAGCUCAGUAAGCAAGAUAGUGUUGCAAGACUACUUUGUGAAUCAAAACUGAUAUUGUGGGAUGAAGCAUCAAUGGCCAUAAGAGAAACUAUUGAAGCCUUUGAUCAUUUGCUUAGAGACAUAAUAGAAUCUGAGCUACCAUUUGGAGGAAAGGAAGAGAGCCUGUUGAUGCACAGGGCAAUAACCUUACCGAAUGACAUGGUCAUUCCAUAUUAUGAAAAAGAAGAAUCUCUAAACAGGUUGAUAGAAUCUGUAUUUCUAAAUUUAUUGGCUUAUUCAAAUGAUCCUUAUACUAUGAUCAAUAUGUGCAUUCUUACUCCAAAAAACAGCUCAGUUGAUCAGCUAAAUGAUAUCAUGAUAAAAAGAUUUCCCGAAAAUCUUCAUGUUUAUGUUAGCUCUAAUAAAGCUGUUGAUUAG